AUGUUGUACUGGUUGGCUGUGUUGUGUGUGAUUGCGGCAGUGCUGGCUUUGCUUGACUGGAAGUUGAAGGCCUACCAAGGCUUACCAGGUCCCAGACGAUGGCCACUCAUCGGUAACGUAGUAUCAUUUAUCGGCGCCGGUCCCGUAGAAAUAUUUGAUCAACUUAUCGCAUUCGCGGCUACCUAUGGCAAGGUAUACAAGCUGGACUUUUUCUACGACUAUACCAUCGUUUAUUCCUCACCGGAAGCAGCUGAGGCUAUUCUAACCUCUUCCGCGUUUGCCGCAAAAUCGCAAGACUACGACAAGGUUUCGGAAUGGAUCGGCAAUGGGUUGCUUAUUUCGCGAGGACAGAAAUGGUUCACCCACCGGAAAGUCAUAACUCCCGGGUUUCAUUUCAAAAUAUUAGAAAACUUUGUGCCGGUGUUUAAUAGGCAGGCCGAAUCGUUCUGUGUAAAGCUGGAAAACUUAUCGUGUCGUUCGGAUGAAGCUGUUAACAUCUUUCCCGAGCUGAAAUUGCUCACACUUGGGAUCAUUUGCGAGACGGCCAUGGGUGUGGGGAUGGAUGGUGAGAAGCGUGACACCCAGCAAGCCUACUACACACAGAUCGUAGAAGAGUUAAGCUCCAUCCUGUACUGGCGGAUGUUUAAUGUGUUCGUUAACGUUGAUGCGCUGUUUCGGUUGACGAGCACUAGCAGGCGGUUCGAUGAACUCGUGAAAAAAUCAUGGAACUUUACGCUGGACAUGAUCGAUAAGAGGCGUAAGAUAAACCAACUAGAGGAACAGACACGCGGCAGUGAAGCGUCGAACGAGGAUGAGUCUUUUGGUAAGCGAAAACGUGCACUGCUUGACACUCUACUGGAGGCACGUAUCGAUGGUAAACCCCUAACCAACGAGGAGAUUCGCGAGGAAGUGGACACGUUCACGUUUGCGGGACAUGAUACAACUGCAUCGGCCAUGACAUUCAUACUGUACAACGUAGCAAAACAUCCAAACAUUCAGGAGAGAAUUUAUCAGGAGAUAGUGACUGAAAUAGGAGCCGAUUUUUGUGAACUUUCGCUAAGCUCUCUGAACAAUCUCCACUAUAUGGAGCUGGUCAUCAAGGAGUCGCUACGGCUCUUUCCACCCGUCCCAGUGAUAGCACGCAUAGCAACCGAAGAUACGCCACUGCUUUCGGACACGAUAACCCAAGGUACAAGUGUGGCGAUUGACAUCUUUUCGAUGCACCACAGCACCGACUAUUUCCCCGAUGCAGAACGUUUCGAUCCGGAGAGGUUUGAGGGUGCGCGUUCGACGCAAACGUUUAAUCCCUACACGUACAUUCCGUUCAGUGCUGGCAGCCGGAAUUGUAUUGGCCAAAAGUUUGCUCAGUAUGAGCUGAAAACAACGCUCGUUAAGCUUUUGCAGCGAUUCCAGAUACGACUCACGGAUGCGAACUAUGUCCCCACGUUAAAGGCAGAAAUUGUACUGAAGCCGGCGGAAGGAUUGCCUUUAAAGUUUAUCAGAAGAAGCUGUUGA